AUGCAUGGGCAUGCUGUACUGGUCUUCUUGGCGGAUGCAGAGCAAUCUUCAGGGUCAGAUUGGUCCUUGGAAGUUCUGUCAAGAGCCUUAGAUAAGACCUUUGCCAAGUUCCAACGCUGUAACCAACCGUGGCUUGUUCAGCGACUACGUGACAACUUCCAAAAGACUGGCUUGGAAUUUCAUGUGGACUAUGUCACAAGCAUCAGGAAUUGGACUGAUUCUUUGGCAAAGUUCUCUACCCUCAGUGGUGUGGCCACAUACUUGGAUGAUGAGAGGAAACAAAUUCUGUUGGAGGUUGCAACCUAUCUGGAGGAUCACUAUAUCAACUAUGGGCGAGGAAUCCACUACCUUCGCCAACUGGCUGGCACUGCCAGUGACCCUGAAUGGUCCAUCCAGAAAGCUGUGACAGCACGAAUGGAGGAGGUCAAAUACGACAUGAGCACAGUGGAGCCUGACAAGGGGCUCUAUGAUAUCAAGGGUAUAACAGCAGAGCAGCUUGAAGAAGAUGAGACAAUGUGCAAAGUGGUAGCAAGCAUGAAGUAUGUCAAGUGCAACUACACCAAACACGCAAAACCUGAAGACUUCCUAUAUGAUACUUUGUGUGGGGGACUUGGCCUGGCCAAUCGCACUGCGGAGAAGGUCAAGCCUUCAGCACUGGACCUGCUUCUCUUGUUCAAGGAGACAGUGCGAAUCAAGCAGGAGGCUCCAGGUGCAAAGAAGUCUGCUCUACGAGAUGUGUUGUAUGCCUCCAUUGCUGAUUACAACAAGACAGGCUGGAGGGUGGGUGAUUCCACUCGUCGCCUGAUUUACAACCUCUUGCGGAGCCCUGCAGCACUAUGGGAUGCUUUGAAGGAAUGCUACAAUGAGAGCAAGCCAGAGCAUGCAGCUUUGUGCAUGGAGAAUAUGGAGGGUGACUACUUCGUGAUUGGCAAUCAGCUGAUUGAUCACGCAGCACACCCUUGGAAGGAGAUUCAGCAAACCUUCUCAGGCUUUGGGCAAGGAGUGCGCAGAACAGAGCAAGAGCGACUUGUUCUUUGGAUCAACUAUGUGUGCAGUGGGGUUGUCUCUGGCAAGAAGCUGGUAUUCACCCUGGACCAAGUCACACAGAUCCUUCACAGCUUUCCCAGGCAUUCAGUGGCCAUCGUGCUCCUGCCCAAUCGGGCUUCUGAUUUGCGCUCUUCACCCAAUGUUGUGGAGAAGGUGGUGGGCGCAGUGCUCAACACAGGGGAUGGGGAGACCAACAACGUGCUGUUGGAUCUUCUUGGCUAUGAUGGAUUUCCAGCUUGCUUUGCGAUGACAAAGGUGUGCCUUCCAGUUCCUGGUGCACUGGCCAUCAAGCAAAACCUUGUGGACUACUGGCUUGCACUUGCUUGUGGGUCUUUCAAGCUGAUCUAUGAUCUCAAGCAAGAAGUACUUUGGGCUGUGGCAUGCGAUGGCAAAAAGCGUUCUGAUUCCUUUGAGAUGAAGGGACCAUGCGAGCUGUUUGGCUUUGGGAGUGGUGACUUCUGUGAAGGACCUGAUGCAAAGGAUGUCCAGUCUGACCUUAGUGGUCGCUGGGUCUCCUUCAAAGUCAACUCAGGCGAUGAGUUGUGCAUCUUGGAACCAGACCGGCGUCUACCAGACCACAUUCGCAAAAUGGAUCUCUUUGGCAAGGUGGUGACCCUUGGGGCUGCGCUCAGCGAGUUGGAGAAUACUGGGGAGGUCAAUGUGAAGCUAUCCAUGCACACGAUGGAGCGCCAGGAAAGUGGUGGCACUUUCAAGUUCCAAGCUCAAAAGGAUGUUUGCUUUGUGCUGGACCCAGUCAAGGAAUCUAAGCGCAAGAAGGCAGAAUGGCAAAACAAUUGA